CUGGGUGGUUAUUCGAGUCGAUUCGAUCCGAUUCGAGUCGAUUCGAGUCGAUUCGAGCCGAUUCGAGCCGAUUCGAGUCGAUUCGAGCCGAUUCGAAUCGAUUCGAAUCGAUUCGAAUCGAUUCGAAUCGAUGAAAAAUUGGGGUUUUCGCCUUCACAGUUACUUCUGGGUGGUUAUUCGAGUCGAUUCGAUCCGAUUCGAGUCGAUUCGAGUCGAUUCGAGCCGAUUCGAGUCGAUUCGAGUCGAUUCGAGCCGAUUCGAGCCGAUUCGAAUCGAUUCGAAUCGAUUCGAAUCGAUUCGAAUCGAUUCGAAUCGAUGAAAAAUUGGGGUUUUCGCCUUCACAGUUACUUCUGGGUGGUUAUUCGAGUCGAUUCGAUCCGAUUCGAGUCGAUUCGAGUCGAUUCGAGCCGAUUCGAGCCGAUUCGAGUCGAUUCGAGCCGAUUCGAGCCGAUUCGAAUCGAUUCGAAUCGAUUCGAAUCGAUUCGAAUCGAUUCGAAUCGAUGAAAAAUUGGGGUUUUCGCCUUCACAGUUACUUCUGGGUGGUUAUUCGAGUCGAUUCGAUCCGAUUCGAGUCGAUUCGAGUCGAUUCGAGCCGAUUCGAGCCGAUUCGAGUCGAUUCGAGCCGAUUCGAGCCGAUUCGAAUCGAUUCGAGUCGAUUCGAGUCGAUUCGAGCCGAUUCGAAUCGAUUCGAAUCGAUUCGAAUCGAUGAAAAAUUGGGGUUUUCGCCUUCACAGUUACUUCUGGGUGGUUAUUCGAGUCGAUUCGAUCCGAUUCGAGUCGAUUCGAGUCGAUUCGAGCCGAUUCGAGCCGAUUCGAGUCGAUUCGAGCCGAUUCGAAUCGAUUCGAAUCGAUUCGAAUCGAUGAAAAAUUGGGGUUUUCGCCUUCACAGUUACUUCUGGGUGGUUAUUCGAGUCGAUUCGAUCCGAUUCGAGUCGAUUCGAGUCGAUUCGAGCCGAUUCGAGCCGAUUCGAGUCGAUUCGAGCCGAUUCGAGCCGAUUCGAAUCGAUUCGAAUCGAUUCGAAUCGAUUCGAAUCGAUUCGAAUCGAUGAAAAAUUGGGGUUUUCGCCUUCACAGUUACUUCUGGGUGGUUAUUCGAGUCGAUUCGAUCCGAUUCGAGUCGAUUCGAGUCGAUUCGAGCCGAUUCGAGCCGAUUCGAGUCGAUUCGAGCCGAUUCGAUCCGAUUCGAGUCGAUUCGAGUCGAUUCGAGCCGAUUCGAGCCGAUUCGAAUCGAUUCGAAUCGAUUCGAAUCGAUGAAAAAUUGGGGUUUUCGCCUUCACAGUUACUUCUGGGUGGUUAUUCGAGUCGAUUCGAUCCGAUUCGAGUCGAUUCGAGUCGAUUCGAGCCGAUUCGAGCCGAUUCGAGUCGAUUCGAGCCGAUUCGAAUCGAUUCGAAUCGAUUCGAAUCGAUGAAAAAUUGGGGUUUUCGCCUUCACAGUUACUUCUGGGUGGUUAUUCGAGUCGAUUCGAUCCGAUUCGAGUCGAUUCGAGUCGAUUCGAGCCGAUUCGAGCCGAUUCGAGUCGAUUCGAGUGAUUCGAAUCGAUUCGAAUCGAUUCGAAUCGAUGAAAAAUUGGGGUUUUCGCCUUCACAGUUACUUCUGGGUGGUUAUUCGAGUCGAUUCGAUCCGAUUCGAGUCGAUUCGAGUCGAUUCGAGCCGAUUCGAGCCGAUUCGAGUCGAUUCGAGCCGAUUCGAGCCGAUUCGAAUCGAUUCGAAUCGAUUCGAAUCGAUUCGAAUCGAUUCGAAUCGAUGAAAAAUUGGGGUUUUCGCCUUCACAGUUACUUCUGGGUGGUUAUUCGAGUCGAUUCGAUCCGAUUCGAGUCGAUUCGAGUCGAUUCGAGCCGAUUCGAGCCGAUUCGAGUCGAUUCGAGCCGAUUCGAUCCGAUUCGAGUCGAUUCGAGUCGAUUCGAGUCGAUUCGAGCCGAUUCGAAUCGAUUCGAAUCGAUUCGAAUCGAUGAAAAAUUGGGGUUUUCGCCUUCACAGUUACUUCUGGGUGGUUAUUCGAGUCGAUUCGAUCCGAUUCGAGUCGAUUCGAGUCGAUUCGAGCCGAUUCGAGCCGAUUCGAGUCGAUUCGAGCCGAUUCGAAUCGAUUCGAAUCGAUUCGAAUCGAUGAAAAAUUGGGGUUUUCGCCUUCACAGUUACUUCUGGGUGGUUAUUCGAGUCGAUUCGAUCCGAUUCGAGUCGAUUCGAGUCGAUUCGAGCCGAUUCGAGCCGAUUCGAGUCGAUUCGAGCCGAUUCGAGCCGAUUCGAAUCGAUUCGAAUCGAUUCGAAUCGAUUCGAAUCGAUUCGAAUCGAUGAAAAAUUGGGGUUUUCGCCUUCACAGUUACUUCUGGGUGGUUAUUCGAGUCGAUUCGAUCCGAUUCGAGUCGAUUCGAGUCGAUUCGAGCCGAUUCGAGCCGAUUCGAGCCGAUUCGUCGAUUCGAGCCGAUUCGAGCCGAUUCGAAUCGAUUCGAAUCGAUUCGAAUCGAUUCGAAUCGAUUCGAAUCGAUGAAAAAUUGGGGUUUUCGCCUUCACAGUUACUUCUGGGUGGUUAUUCGAGUCGAUUCGAUCCGAUUCGAGUCGAUUCGAGUCGAUUCGAGCCGAUUCGAGCCGAUUCGAGUCGAUUCGAGCCGAUUCGAGCCGAUUCGAAUCGAUUCGAUUCGAUCGAUUCGAUUCGAAUCGAUUCGAAUCGAUUCGAAUCGAUGAAAAAUUGGGGUUUUCGCCUUCACAGUUACUUCUGGGUGGUUAUUCGAGUCGAUUCGAUCCGAUUCGAGUCGAUUCGAGUCGAUUCGAGCCGAUUCGAGCCGAUUCGAGUCGAUUCGAGCCGAUUCGAAUCGAUUCGAAUCGAUUCGAAUCGAUGAAAAAUUGGGGUUUUCGCCUUCACAGUUACUUCUGGGUGGUUAUUCGAGUCGAUUCGAUCCGAUUCGAGUCGAUUCGAGUCGAUUCGAGCCGAUUCGAGCCGAUUCGAGUCGAUUCGAGCCGAUUCGAGUCGAUUCGAGCCGAUUCGAGCCGAUUCGAAUCGAUUCGAAUCGAUUCGAAUCGAUUCGAAUCGAUUCGAAUCGAUGAAAAAUUGGGGUUUUCGCCUUCACAGUUACUUCUGGGUGGUUAUUCGAGUCGAUUCGAUCCGAUUCGAGUCGAUUCGAGUCGAUUCGAGCCGAUUCGAGCCGAUUCGAGUCGAUUCGAGCCGAUUCGAGCCGAUUCGAAUCGAUUCGAAUCGAUUCGAAUCGAUUCGAAUCGAUUCGAAUCGAUGAAAAAUUGGGGUUUUCGCCUUCACAGUUACUUCUGGGUGGUUAUUCGAGUCGAUUCGAUCCGAUUCGAGUCGAUUCGAGUCGAUUCGAGCCGAUUCGAGCCGAUUCGAGUCGAUUCGAGCCGAUUCGAUCCGAUUCGAGUCGAUUCGAGUCGAUUCGAGUCGAUUCGAGCCGAUUCGAAUCGAUUCGAAUCGAUUCGAAUCGAUGAAAAAUUGGGGUUUUCGCCUUCACAGUUACUUCUGGGUGGUUAUUCGAGUCGAUUCGAUCCGAUUCGAGUCGAUUCGAGUCGAUUCGAGCCGAUUCGAGCCGAUUCGAGUCGAUUCGAGCCGAUUCGAAUCGAUUCGAAUCGAUUCGAAUCGAUGAAAAAUUGGGGUUUUCGCCUUCACAGUUACUUCUGGGUGGUUAUUCGAGUCGAUUCGAUCCGAUUCGAGUCGAUUCGAGUCGAUUCGAGCCGAUUCGAGCCGAUUCGAGUCGAUUCGAGCCGAUUCGAGCCGAUUCGAAUCGAUUCGAAUCGAUUCGAAUCGAUUCGAAUCGAUGAAAAAUUGGGGUUUUCGCCUUCACAGUUACUUCUGGGUGGUUAUUCGAGUCGAUUCGAUCCGAUUCGAGUCGAUUCGAGUCGAUUCGAGCCGAUUCGAGCCGAUUCGAGUCGAUUCGAGCCGAUUCGAGCCGAUUCGAAUCGAUUCGAAUCGAUUCGAAUCGAUUCGAAUCGAUUCGAAUCGAUGAAAAAUUGGGGUUUUCGCCUUCACAGUUACUUCUGGGUGGUUAUUCGAGUCGAUUCGAUCCGAUUCGAGUCGAUUCGAGUCGAUUCGAGCCGAUUCGAGCCGAUUCGAGUCGAUUCGAGCCGAUUCGAUCCGAUUCGAGCCGAUUCGAAUCGAUUCGAAUCGAUUCGAAUCGAUUCGAAUCGAUUCGAAUCGAUGAAAAAUUGGGGUUUUCGCCUUCACAGUUACUUCUGGGUGGUUAUUCGAGUCGAUUCGAUCCGAUUCGAGUCGAUUCGAGUCGAUUCGAGCCGAUUCGAGCCGAUUCGAGUCGAUUCGAGCCGAUUCGAUCCGAUUCGAGUCGAUUCGAGUCGAUUCGAGUCGAUUCGAAUCGAUUCGAAUCGAUUCGAAUCGAUUCGAAUCGAUGAAAAAUUGGGGUUUUCGCCUUCACAGUUACUUCUGGGUGGUUAUUCGAGUCGAUUCGAUCCGAUUCGAGUCGAUUCGAGUCGAUUCGAGCCGAUUCGAGCCGAUUCGAGUCGAUUCGAGCCGAUUCGAAUCGAUUCGAAUCGAUUCGAAUCGAUGAAAAAUUGGGGUUUUCGCCUUCACAGUUACUUCUGGGUGGUUAUUCGAGUCGAUUCGAUCCGAUUCGAGUCGAUUCGAGUCGAUUCGAGCCGAUUCGAGCCGAUUCGAGUCGAUUCGAGCCGAUUCGAGCCGAUUCGAAUCGAUUCGAAUCGAUUCGAAUCGAUUCGAAUCGAUUCGAAUCGAUGA